AUGCUCAUCCUCAAUGGAGAAUCGCUCGGCCCACUGGCGCAGAAAAAUAAUGUCGUGAGGUUCGGGUUCGUUGACGCAACCAUUCGAAUCUAUCGCAGCGACGAGCCAGCUUUGAACUCAGAUGAGGAGAGUGACAAAGCCAGCUUGCGGAGCGAUACUGCAGAAGGGUUGGCCAACAGCCAAUGUUCAACCGACUCGGAGAGGCUGACCGGUGUGGGGCCGCUGUUUAACGAAGAUGAUCUCCUCGCUGACAUUGAGGGUGGGGAGAUCUCGGAAGAGGACGUCGAGGUCACGAUGCUUAGUAGCGGCGACAUGGUAGCGGCAAGCAUCGAGCUCGGGAAAACCGGUUUUUGGCUAGCCUCCGCCUAUAUGGCCUAUGACAGGGAUGCUCCGCCGGACGAAGUCCGUACUCUGGUGCAAGAGGCAGCCCGGAAGAAUAAACAUUUGGUUGUCUCCUGCGACGCAAAUGCUCACAACAUCCUGUGGGGAAGCAGCGACACUAACGCUAGAGAAUAUUUUCUUGUUUAAUAUUCAUAUUAUUACAAUAUAGUUUUACUUUUUGUCAUUACUUCAAGGCUAAUGCUUUCUAAAAAUUUAUUAUAUAACAAACACAUAAUUUUGAUUGAACAUUUUAUAGGAAACUUAUUUGAAAUGCCUGCAAAGACAAUGGAUCACAGCGAAAGCAGUCAACGCGCUUCACUACUCUACUCCAAUGAAGAUCAAGCCCGUAUUGGUGACCUUUUCACCGCACAAGUUAUCACCUUCAAAGCUACCGGCCAAAUUCCCUUAAACAUAGGACAGCCACGCAAGGUCAAAUUUCUGGUAAUCUUUAUCUACAGUUUCGUCGUCAUCUCACAAACAUUCUGUGUGGGUAUGCUUUUCCUGAAGACAUCUUACGAUAUGCUAAUCAAUGGAAAAUUGGAAGAGAUUACUGACGCGGUUACUAUGACCAUCAUAUUUUGGUUCAGCACUUAUGCUGCCUGUUACUGGCUACUGAGAUCACGUCGCUUGUUCGCAUUUUUGCAGUAUAUCAACCAAUAUUAUUGGCAUCAUUCAUUGCCCGGUCUGAGCUUUGUAAGCUGGCAUCGGACAUAUGUGUUGUCUAAGCGUGUGACUAUUGUGUGGACUGUCGUUUGUAUGGCGGGUACGUUUGUAUAUGGUUUGCAACCUCUUGUUACGGGUGUGCGUGUACUGCCACUGAAGAUGUGGUAUCCCUUUGAUCCAUUGCAACCUUAUGUGUAUGAAUUGCUCUAUGUGCAGCAAUUGUCGGCCCAAAUAGUAAUGGGCAUCACUUUUAGCAAUGGCUCCAGUUUAUUUGUUUCGCUGGUUAUACUCAUGUGUGGACAAUUUGAUGUACUUUUUUGCAGUCUGAAGAAUAUCACUUAUUAUUCACGUUUACGUGCUAAUUUUGAGCUUGAAAAGUUCAGCAAAGAGCAGGCUGAACUACCAACAUAUUUGGACGACGAACUGAAUCAGUAUUUGUACUGCAAGGAACUUUUAACCGAUCUCUCUAUACUCGAACAUUUACACGUCCUACAACCACCAAAAGCUUUUCCUGCAGCUCUGAAAUCUGGUGUAGAGCAGUGCGUUCACCUGCAUCGCUUUAUUUUGGAAGCCUGCAAGGAGAUGGAAGAACUUUUUAAUCCCUAUUGUCUUGUUAAAUCGAUACAAGUUACGCUGCAGCUCUGUUUGCUUGUUUUCGUUGGCGUUGCUGGCGAACGUUCGUUGGUACGCAUUUUGAAUUUGGUCCAAUAUCUAACUUUAACAGUCAUCGAGUUACUUAUGUUUACUUAUUUUGGUGAGUUGUUACGCGAACAUAGUUUACGUUGUGGUGAAGCUUUCUGGCGAUCACAAUGGUGGACUCAUACACAUAUUAGUGCUAUACGUCAGGAUGUUCUCAUCAUGUUGGUGAAUACCAAACGUGCUGUGCGGCUAACAGCGGGUAAAUUCUAUGUAAUGGACAUUGAACGUUUGCGGUCGGUAGUUACUCAAGCAUUCUCUUUUUUGACACUGUUGCAGAAAUUAGCGGCUAAGCCUUAA